AUGACAGCUCCUGCAAGGGAUGCAUCGGCAACACAGUCAGACCAGGUAAGUGAUUACGAUGCAGCUGGAGAAAAACUUCGUUCUGAAAUAACUUCCGUCGGGGUGUCCACUUUCAGUCCCACGGUCCCGUUGAUCGGCGGUGAGGGUAGGGAUCCAAUCGAGCAAGACUCAAAUUCGGCUAAUCCAUGGGAGCCGGCACCGACAGUACGGGAUGAUCUGAGCUUCGAUUUUGAUCCAAUGCUUCUUUGGCCUUUGGCGGAGAAUGGUCUUGACUAUGCUGGGAAGCCGGCCUUCCAGAUGCAGCUAUCGGCUGUGAAUAUGUCCUUUGAUGGACAGCAUGAAUCAAAUCAAGAAUUACCCGACGCUCCAGGCAUGCUUUUGACGGCGAGUCAGUUUCAGAACCAGGAGCCAAAUCACCGGCGAAAUCGCCUAGCACUGGAGGAAAAACCUCAUCCCGAGCUUUCUGAGGCUGACCUUGACAUACUCGCAUCCGAGGAUUCCUUUAUGCGAGAUGUGUGA